GAUCUCUGACCUGGCCCGACUACUGCACACAUUCGUCUUCUUCUUAACCCACAUCGGCAUGGACCAGAUGGCGUACAUCUUUGGGAGUUUCUCCCGACGGAGACAGUCGUCGGAAUCUAAAGGUGCCCCAAAACGAAGGUCUGUGGAUGUCUCUCCUCAGCCAUUCUCUUCGCUGCGGAGAACCAAGGUUCAGAUAUCUGCUGAAGACCAUCGCAUGUUCAACUGCAAGGUUUGUGAUCGUCAGCUGGUUGAACCUAGAGUACUUCCCUGUCUGCACACAUUCUGUACGAGAUGUCUUCUCCCCAUCACUCAGACUUCUCAGAGCCAAACCAAGAUCCAGGCAGAGACCAAAGGAGGAGGAAGUGGAAGGUUAGGGGGAGGAAGUCUCAACGGUUCCGGAUCUGGUUCGGGGUCCGGUUCCGGAGCAUCUGGAUACGAAAGUGAACCGAGCAGCUGGUCUGGAACUGACCCUAGUGAUCAGAAUGGCCAGCUUCAGGUGGUCAUUUGUCCUCUGUGCAAAUCAGAAAACAAACUGCCGAAUGGAGGAAUUUCCGGCCUUCCAAUAAAUUACGUUUUACAAAACCGAAUCCUGCAAUCGAUGCAACAAGCUCCUACGUGUGACAUAUGCAUUACUGAGGCUCCUGCGUCCAACAGAUGCCAGGAUUGCCAGGUUAAUCUGUGCAGUUUUUGUUGUGAAGCACAUCUCCGUGAGAGAGUCAGUGCCCAUCAUGAGAUUACCUCUCUCAAAGAUGUUGCGGAUGCUGCGUUAUUCCGCAGACAGGUUAUGUGCGAUGCACAUCCUAACAGAGAACUACGUCUGUUCUGCGGACGCUGCGGUGUGGUGGUGUGUCGAGACUGCUGCGUAUUGCUGCACAGAGGCCACCCUUGUGAUACAGCUGCACGGGCUGCACGACUGUACGCAGCCACUCUACGCGAUGCACUUGACAAAACCAGGCCGAUCGCAAAAGAAGCAAAUCUCAGCCUUAAUCGUCUACAACACCUUGAACUGAGAAUUAAGAACCACUGCGCUGAAGUGGAGUCAGAAGUAGACAGAUACGCCGAAUCAUACAAAGCUGCGGUUGAGGAACAUCGAGCAACUCUUCGGAAAGAAGUUAACCAGGUUCGUAACAAUAAGCUGACUACACUUCAUUCUCAUCACGACGAGCUUCACACACGUUCAGAACACACAAGCCAUGCCGUCACUUUUGGACAGGAACUGCUUGCAGAAGCUUCGGAUGUAGAGCUUUUGACUCUGGUCACCCCGCUUCUACAGAGGUUGGAAUGGUGUAGUGCUGGUGAAGUGAUUGCCGCCAUCAAAGUGUCCGACUGUCUACAAUUCCUUCCCGAGGAAAGAGCCGGCCUCAUCAACGGACACCCGAUCUUCGGAGUGAUCACAACGCAAGCCGUCUCCCCAGCACAUUGCGAGUUGCAGACCGAAGGAUUACUCAACUGCAGAAUACACAAGAAAGCCGAGUUUACGUUGAGUACUUUCGACUGUGAGAAACAACCGAUCUGUCACGGAGGAACUCGAGUUGCAGCUGAGUUGAGAUACAGAGAUGCUGCGCAGAGGAGAGUAGCAGUGCAUGUGACAGACAGAGGGGAUGGAAGUUACACGGUAGAGUUCACUCCAGAUGCUUCGGGCAACAUGAGUCUCAAUGUGACAAUUCAGGGCAAACAUAUUCAGGGAAGUCCGUUCAAUGUGUCCGUGUCUACACUUCGUCCACACCCCGGAGUGUACCACUGUUGUACGUUUUGUUCAAGCAACGGAAGCAAGGAGGCACAGUGUGGCUGCGGAGGGAAGAUGCCGGGAGGUUACCGGGGUUGUGGUCACGGCCAUGCUGGCCACCCUGGCCGCAGACACUGGUCUUGCUGCGGAAACCUACUGCAUAACUCUGAGUGCAGCCGCGCGCCUGACUACCAAUACACCCUGUGAUAAUGCAGCUACACUGCACUCAAAGGAUUCAUUUGUAUAUAUUAGAAGUUAUAAAGGGUGCACCAAUAAGGGUUGAACCAUUGACUUGGGGAAACGGGAAUACAUAUCCCAUCUAGAUUUUUUAAACAGAAUAUAAUUGAAUAAGACGUACAUAGUGUGCUGUCAAAGUUUGCUUAUUCUUAAUGUGACUAAUUGUACUAUAACUUUCUUGAUAACAUAAAAGAUGAUAAGUUUACAUUUCCUGAUAAGUUGUCCUUUUAUGUUUGUUGAAAAAGUGUGUAUUCGACAGAACUCAAUAAUUUACACCAGCAAACUUGAACUAUGAUCAUUUUCGUUCUAGAAAUGACAACAACUUUAACAUGUGAAUCGUGUUUCUGUCAACUGUCAAAGGUAUUUUAAAAGCGUUCUAGUUUUAAUUUGUUUCUUUUUAAUUAUUCAGUUAACUUUGUUAAGGUUUUGACUUUUGAGUCUAAAAUUUUGUCUACUUAUAAACUUUCAAAAUUACAAAACUUUAGCAAACUGUCAAGAAUGAAAAUAUGUCAAAAACCAACACACUACCAUUGAGUAUACACGUAUAAGAGGGUUAAUAGUUAUGUUAAUAGUUGUUACCGAUUUUGGCGAGGUAGUUCGGGCCGCUGACGCCUGUGCCGUGGUGGUCGGUUGGUAGUGCGCCUCUAAAAACCUUUUAAACAUUUAUUAUUAAAAACGUAUUAUAAAACAAUGAAACUACGACCAAACUAACAAAUUUCAUCAACAAAAUUGACAUUUCACAACCUACAGUGAAAGGAAUAUUAAAAAACAACCAAACUACCUUACCAACAUGCCGGAGGUGGAGUAGUACGGGCCACUGACGCUACUCUGAACGUUGUUCAUGUAUAACCUCCAUUGAGUAUCUACUCUAGUACACUCAACAACACUACUUAUUUCCUUGUGGGCCUAUAAGCAAUGUAAAAAAAUGAAGCAAAUCGUAACACUGAUUUUUUUAGAUAAAGAAACUUUUACGCUGCCACCUAUUCCACACAAGUUUUCCUUUCAAUUAGGUUGGUUAUAUAAAGUUUGCAUAUUUGUCGGAAAACAAUAAUCGAUAGCAGGGCACUAUGUAGGUGGCUAAAUUUAACUACACUACUAUAACGACUUCUACUUAAUAGUCAAGGGUUUAACAAAAUAAUUCACCUGUCGAAAAUUAAAUAAUUUUGGUAAAAAAUUGUGUAAAUAGUAUCCAAACAAUUUUCUAAAAUAAAUUAUAAUGGUUUGCUCUUGGUUGUUACUUAGCAGUUUGUUGAGUAAGUUGUUCAGUAAAACUUAGCGUAGUGUUGCAAAAUAUGAAACUGUAUGAUAAGCAGAUUUUAGAUAUAUCAGACUAACUAAACUGUAAAUAAGUUUAAAAAAUAUUUUUUAGUAUGAAAGGUCAUCAUGUACUUCAAUAGUACAGCAUGGGUAAUAUUUAAAAUUAUUUAUUGUACAAAUUAUAUUAGCUAUGUCACUACCCUUUCAAGAUCCUGAUGUGUCACACCACAACAUCUUUGUGGGAUUAGCUAAGCUAUAUUUUAAUACAAAAAGUGUGAAAUUUAA